GCGCACGCAGUCUCCGCUGUCGGUACAGUCACACACACCUGCGGGAGGAGCGCGCGACGCUGCGCGGCGGUGCGGUGCGUGUUUGCUCAGACCCAACUUGGGCGCACCAUCGGUGCUGUCGGACACGGAUCAGGAUAACGGACGCGCUCGGGACUACAUCCAGCCACGAUGUCCGAGUUUAUUUUGGCAUUUGUGAGCAUGUCGGGAUUACUACUUCUGAUGAAAAUGCUGACAGUGGCCGGAGCUGAGCAAGUGUGUGACGUGGGAGAGUUUCUGUGUGCCGACGGACGCAGCUGUGUUUCUGAGAGUUGGCUCUGUGACGGAGAGCUAGACUGCUCCGACGGCUCUGACGAAACGCCAGACUUGUGCUCACGACAGGUAAAAAUGAGAUGUCCUGUCAAUCAUCUGCAGUGUCCGGGCACCCACAGAUGCGUUCACUUCAGCAAACUCUGCAAUGGAGUGCGGGACUGCGAGGACAGCUACGACGAGGGCGUGCACUGCCGCGAGUUGGUGGGUAGCUGCCAGGAGCGGAGUUGUCAGUUUGACUGUGUUGUCAUGAGGAAUGGGACGUCCUGUUUCUGCGCAGAAGGUUUUGAACUAGAAGACGACGGGAGGAGAUGUCGAGAUCGUGAUGAAUGCAGAGAUUACGGGACAUGCAGUCAGAUCUGUAUGAACACGCAGGGAUCGUACAGAUGCGCUUGCACAGAUGGCUUCAGCCUGCAGGCCAACAGACGAUCCUGCAAAGCCAAAACAGAUCCCGGUGAUAAACCUCCUGUUCUCAUAACCGCAAAUAUGAAUUCUAUAUCACUUAUUUAUCUCAACGGUUCAUCUAUGCCAAAUCUCAAGUCCAUGGAGACGAACGGGACUCAAAUAUUGGACUUUAUUUACAGAGAGGAAUCUCUCUGUUGGCUCUCGACAGCAGAGCACGUGGGCCAGCUGUGGUGCGCCCGCGUAACCAAACUUAAAGGAUUUUCAGAAAAACAUCAGAUAAGGAUUGGUCAGAGCUUACAGAAUGUGGAACACAUGGCCGUCGACUGGUUGACAGGAAACUUUUACUUUGUAGACAGAGUCAAUGACCGGAUAUUUGCUUGUAGCGAACAUGGAGAUGCGUGUGUUACGAUUAUCGACCUCGACAUCCAGAACCCAAAAGGCCUGGCGCUGGAUCCCAUAAUGGGAAAACUAUUUUUCACAGACUAUGGGACAGUAGCCAAAGUGGAACGCUGCAACAUGGACGGAAGCAAUCGAACAAGGAUAGUGGAGCACAGAACCGAACAGCCGACCACUGUGACGUUGGACUUGGUUAAGAAACUCGUCUACUGGGCGGAUGCGUAUCUGGAUUAUAUCGAAGUCGUGGAUUACAAUGGCAAGAACAGACACACGAUCAUCCAAGGUGACUCGGUGUCGCACCUGUACGGAUUAGCACUCUUUGAAGAUUACCUGUUUGCGACGUGCUCCGAACCUUCCAGAGAGAGCAAGGUGGAUGUAUUAAGAAUAAACCGUUUUAACACCAGUGAUGUAAACACCAUCGCCACUUUGGAAAGUGCCAGAACCGUCCGGGUUUAUCACAGACUGGCUCAACCUACAGUCAGGACUCACGCGUGCAGCCCCGACCUGCAAGGCCGAAAAGGCGGCUGUUCCCAUGUCUGUCUCCUAAGCCAGCACUACAAAUCACGCGUGUGCCGCUGCCGGACCGGUCACGUCCUCUCCAGCGAUGGGAAGUCCUGCAAAAAGCCGAAGAACGAGCUGUUCCUGUUUUAUGGAAAAGGACGACCCGGGGUUAUACGAGGUCUGGAUAUGAAUAUCAAGUCUGGCGACGAGCCCCUGAUUCAGAUCGAGGGGCUGGUGAGCCCCCGCGCGCUGGACUUUCAUGCAGAGAGCGGCUACAUCUACUUCGCGGACACCACAAGCUUCCUGAUCGGACGUCAGAAAGUCGACGGGACGGGUCGGGAAACGAUCCUGAAAGAUGAGCUGGAUAACGUGGAGGGCAUCUCGGUAGACUGGAUCGGUAAUAACCUGUUCUGGACAAAUGACGGUUAUAGAAAGACCAUCAACGUGGCCCGGCUGGAUCGGCCCUCGCAGACCAGGAAAACACUUUUGGAGGGAAAUAUGUCUCAUCCGAGAGCCAUUGUUGUGGAUCCUCUGAAUGGAUGGAUGUACUGGACCGACUGGGAGGAAGAUGAGCUCAUCGACAGCCGCGGACGGAUCGAGAAGGCCUGGAUGGAUGGAUCCCACCGUCAGAUCUUCGUCACGUCCAACAUGCUGUGGCCCAACGGCCUCACGCUCGACCACUCGUCCAACGCCAUGUACUGGUGUGACGCCUACUACGACCACAUUGAGAAAAUCUACCUCAACGGCAGCCACAGAACGGUGGUGUACAGCGGAAACGAGUUGAAUCACCCAUUUGGGAUCGCACAUUACCAAAAUUACGUGUUCUGGACUGAUUACAUGAACGCCUCGAUAUUCCGUCUGGAUUUGUCCUCUAAUGAUGUAGCGCUAAUGCGGGCGGAAAGACCACCUCUCUUCGGGAUUCAGGUGUAUGAUCCACAGAGCCAGAAAGGUAAUAACCAGUGUUCUGAAAAUCAUGGUGGAUGCAGCCCCUCGGCUCUGUGCCUUGCCACACCUGCGGGCUUCGUGUGCGCCUGCGCAGACGGCCAGCAUCUGGAGAAAGACAACAUCAGUUGCACAUCUCCAUCAGAGGUCACUAAGACAAAACGCUGCGGUCCAGCGGAGUUCCAGUGCAGAAACCAGCGUUGCAUUCAGCUCUCGUGGAAGUGUGACGCCGAUGAUGAUUGCUCGGACGGCAGCGAUGAAGAGCCGCAUCUAUGCUCCAAUCGCAGCUGCCCAGCGGACCAAUUUAAAUGCCUGAACAACCGCUGUAUCCCGAAGAGAUGGUUGUGCGACGGAACCGACGACUGCGGAAGCAACGAAGACGAGUCCAACCGCACAUGCUCAGCCCAAACCUGUCAGCCGGGUCAGUUUGCCUGUCAGAACGGACGAUGCAUCCCUGAGAACUGGCGCUGCGACCGCGAUGAUGACUGCGGGGAUCAAUCGGAUGAAUCUUCAUCAUGUGAUUUCCCCACCUGUGAGCCACUGACCCAUUUCAGCUGCACGAAUGGGAAAUGCAUUAGUGUCAAAUGGCACUGUGAUUCUGAGGACGACUGUGGAGACGGCAGCGAUGAGGUGGGAUGCGUCCAUGCCUGCUCGGUGGCUCAGUUUCAGUGUUCCAGUGGGAAGUGCAUCCCUGAGCACUGGAUGUGUGACGGGGACAAUGACUGCGGUGACCUCAGCGACGAGAACGCCACCUGCUCAAGAACAGCGCUCUCAACCGCAACCGACUGCGGCGACAAAGAGUUCCGUUGCCGUGGUGACCGUACCUGCGUUCCCGAAAUCUGGCGCUGCGAUGGCGACAAGGACUGCGAGGACGGCAGCGAUGAGUUCGCCUGCGAGGGAGCCAAACGGAUGUGUGACCACAAUGCCAAGUUCACCUGUAAAGUCUCAGGGAAAUGCAUCAGUAAAGACUGGGUGUGCGACGGAGACAUCGAUUGCGAGGACCAAUCAGACGAGGAGGGAUGCGAGGUGUCCGUCUGUAAGCCUCCAAAGUUUCCCUGCGCCAACGACACGUCCGUAUGUCUCUCGCCAGAGCGGAUCUGUAACGGUUGGAGAGACUGUGCGGACAAUUCAGACGAAGGGCCGUAUUGUGAUGAGUGUUCUGUAAGGAAGGGUGGCUGCAGUCACGAGUGCGCCGUCGCGCCGGGUAAAGGCGUGGUGUGUUCCUGUCCGCCCGGGUUCCAGAUCGCCUCAGAUGGCCGUACCUGCGAGGUGCUAGAUUACUGUACCAAACACCUGCGCUGCAGUCAGGUGUGCGAACAGCACAAAAACACUGUGAAGUGCUCCUGCUAUCCAGGGUGGAGUCUGGGACCUGAUGGAGACAGCUGCCACAGCACAGAUCCCUUCGAGGCCUUCAUCAUUUUUUCCAUCAGGCACGAAAUCCGCCGCAUUAACCUGCAAAGGGGCGACUACAGCCUGUUGGUCCCCGGCCUCAGAAACACCAUUGCAUUGGAUUUCCACUACAGCCAGAGUCUGCUGUAUUGGACUGACGUCGUCGAAGACAAAAUUUACCGUGGGAAGCUGUCAGACAGCGGAGGUGUCUCAAGCGUUGAGGUGGUUGUCCAGCAUGGAUUGGCCACCCCCGAGGGGCUGGCUGUUGAUUGGAUAGCAGGAAAUCUCUACUGGAUUGAUAGUAACCUGGACCAGAUCGAGGUGGCCAAGAUGAAUGGCGACUUACGGACCACCCUUAUCGCUGGUGGCAUGGAACACCCUCGGGCGAUCGCUGUGGACCCAGGCCAGGGCGCUCUGUUCUGGACCGACUGGGACGCCACGUUUCCCCGCAUCGAAGGCGCUUCGAUGAGUGGCGACCGUCGGCACGUGAUCUUCGAGGACAUGGACACAGGCGCCUGGCCUAAUGGACUCACCCUGGAUCACAUGGAAAGGAGGAUCGUGUGGACAGACGCCCGGUCUGAUGCCAUAUAUUCCGCUCUGUACGAUGGCACGGGUUUAAUAGAAAUUCUGCGAGGGCAUGAGUUUCUCUCUCACCCGUUUGCCGUGUCCCUAUUCGGCGGAAACGUCUAUUGGACCGACUGGAGGACCAACACAUUGACCAAAGCCAACAAGUGGACGGGGGCCAAUGUGACCGUGAUCCAAAAAACCAGCGCCCAGCCCUUCGACCUGGAGAUCUACCACCCCAGCAGACAGCCACAGACACGUAACCCAUGUGAUGGUAACAGAGCAAGAGGUCCAUGUUCUCACCUGUGUCUUAUCAAUUAUAACGGUUCUGCGUCCUGCUCCUGUCCGCAUCUCAUGAAACUCUCACCCAACAACCGAACUUGCCAAGGUGUAAAGAAAUUCUUGCUGUAAGCCCGGAGGUCUGAAAUUCGAGGAGUGGACAUAGAUAACCCAUACCUCAACAUCAUGACCGCGCUUACCGUACCCGAUAUCGAUGAUGUCACAGCAAUGGAUUAUGAUGCGGUAGACGAAAGGAUCUACUGGGCCGAUGUGAAGACUCGAACUAUAAAACGAGCUUUUAUUAACGGAACCAAUCUUGAAACCGUCAUGUCUGGAGACCUGUAGAACGUCCGUGGCCUGGCUAUUGACUGGCUCUCCAGAAACAUGUACUGGAUGAACUCGGACAACGACGAGACGCACAUAAACGUCGCUCGUCUGGACGGAUCUCUCAAAAGCACCGUCGUUCACGGCAUGGACAAACCCAAGUGCCUCGUCUUACACCCAUCCAAGGGGAAGAUGUUCUGGGCGGACGGCGGCACCAUAAACAUGGCCAACAUGGACGGGAGUAACAUCAAGAUUUUGCAUCAGAACCAGAAAGAGCCAGUUGGACUUUCGAUAGACUACACAGCCAACAAACUGUACUGGAUCAGUUCUGGAAACGGAACUGUGAAUCGGUGUAACCUCGAUGGGAGUGGCCUCGACGUGAUUGACAGCUUGAAGAAGGAGCUAAGGAAAGCUACGGCGUUGGCAGUGAUGGGUGGGAAGUUGUGGUGGGCAGAUGAUAGUUUGGCUCAGCUGGGGACUGUGAACAAGAGAGACGGAAGAAACCUGACGGUUCUUCGGAAUAAGACCACAGGAGUCGUUCACAUCAAAGUCUAUGACAAAGACAGCCAGAAAGGUCGAAAUGCAUGCUUGCAGAAGAAUGGUGGCUGUUCCCAGCUCUGUCUGCCCACCUCUGAAAAUACCCGCACGUGUUCUUGUACUAUGGGGUACAACCUUCGGACAGACCGGUCCACUUGCGAAGGUGUUCAGUCCUUCCUGGUGUAUUCUGUGAAUGAAGGAAUUAGAGGACUGUCUCUUGACCCCAGCGAUAACUCGGAAGUUUUGAUGCCAGUUACGGGAACUACAUUUGCUGUGGGUCUGGAUUAUCAUGCUGGAAAUGACACGUUAUAUUGGACCGACAUGGGCUCGAACAAAAUCUCAAGAUCCAGCCGAGAUCAGACCUGGAGGGAGGACAUCGUCAGUAGCGGUCACGGACGCGUCGAAGGACUCGCUGUUGACUGGGUCGCAGGUAAUAUUUACUGGACGGACCAUGGGCUGAAUCUGAUCGAGGUCGCCAGGCUGAACGGUAUGUACCGCGCCGUGGUGAUAUCCGAGGGACUCGAUCAACCCAGAGCGAUCGCUGUACAUCCAGUGAAAGGGUUUCUCUUCUGGACCGAUUUGGGACAAACUCCCACCAUCUCCAGAUCCCUUCUAGACGGCUCUCAAAAGUCUGUGCUUGUUAGCACCGGACUAUCCCGACCCAGUAGUGUCUCCAUAGACUAUCAGGAAAAUAAAUUAUACUGGUGCGACUCACGCAAUGGCAAGAUAGAAAGAAUCAACCUCGAGGGGGAUGAACAGCGAGAGAUAGUGUUCGCGGCGAAUGGUGCGGAUCUGUUUUCCAUAGCCGUCUUCGGAGCGUACCUCUUUUGGUCUGACAGAGCUCACGCCAAUGGAUCCAUCCGUCGCGCCUCCAAGAACGACGCCGUGGACGCGGUGACGAUACGGAGUGGCAUGGGCGUCAGCGUGAAUGAUGUGAAGGUCUUUAAUCCGGAUCGGGAGAAAGGUACGAAUCCUUGCGGCAGUGCUAACGGAGGAUGCCACCAGCUUUGUUUUUAUUUGGGGGGCAAUCAGAAGACCUGCGCCUGCGCUCACGGAUAUCUCGCUCAGGAUGGCCUGGGAUGCAACAGGUAUGAGGGCUACCUGCUGUACUCCGAGAGGACCGUUUUGAGAAGCAUUCGCCUGUCGGAUGAAAAUGACCUCAACUCGCCAGUCCGGGCGUACGAGAACCCUGCUUAUUUUAAAAACGUCAUAGCUCUGGCCUUUGAUCACCAUCAGAAAACGCAAGGAACCAAUCGGAUUUUCUUCAGCGACUUGCAUUAUGGGAAUAUACAAGUCAUCAAUGAUGAUUGGAUGGGACGACGCAUCAUUGCUGAGAAUGUUGGUUCUGUGGAGGGGUUGGCAUACCACCGAGGUUGGGACGUGCUUUACUGGACGAGCUCCACCACAGCCUCCAUCACACGGCACACCGUCGACCAGACCAGACCCAACCCCUUUAACAGAGACACGGUGGUCUCUCUGUCUGAAGAAGACCAUCCGCAUGUUCUAACUAUGGACGAGUGUCAGAGCCUGAUGUUUUGGACUAACUGGAACGAACAGAGGCCGAGCAUCAUGAGGUCGACGCUAUCGGGCCGGAAUGUCCGAGUCAUCGUCAGCACAGACGUCAUCACCCCUAAUGGACUCACCAUCGACCACAAAGCCGAAAAGCUCUACUUUUCCGACGGCAGCCUCGGGCACAUCGAGAGGUGUGAUUACGAUGGCUCGCACAGAUACGUCAUUUUGAAAUCCGGUGCCGGAACGUUUUUCGGCAUGGCAGUUUACGGAGACUUCAUCUUCUGGUCCGACUGGGUGCGACGGGCCAUAAUCCGCUCAGAUAAGUUAACCGGAGCCAAUGUGAAAGUUCUCCGUGCGGACAUUCCUCAUCAACCAAUGGGAAUCGUCGCUGUUUCCAUUGACACCAACAGCUGCGAGUCGUCCCCCUGCAGCAUGAACAACGGAGGGUGCCAUGACCUUUGCCUUCUGACCCCGCUCGGUGUGGUAAACUGUAGUUGCCGUGGGGAACGGAUAUUACUGGACGAUAACAGAUGUGUAUCCAUGAACUCCUCCUGUAACAUCCACUCAGAGUUCCAGUGCGGGAACGGUGAAUGCAUCAACUACCAGCUGACUUGCGAUGGCAUCGCUCACUGCAAAGACAGGUCGGAUGAGAAAAUGCAGUAUUGCGAAAACCGGAGCUGCCGACACGGCUUUAAAUCAUGCUAUAACCAGCGCUGUGUCGCCAAGCAUCGUUUCUGCGACGGCGUGAACGACUGUGGGGAUAAUUCAGAUGAAGUUUACUGUAACAGUUCCUCGUGUUUGUCCUCCGAGCGGCGUUGCGUGGACGGCUCCUGCGUCCCGCUGUCAUCCUGGUGUAAUCAGAUCAUCGACUGCGCCGACGCCUCGGACGAGAAAAGCUGCAACAGCACAGACUGCGUGGAAUACUACAGGCUGGGUGCUCGCGCCAGCAACGGCGAGGCGUUUCUGAGCUGCAACUCCACGUCGCUGUGCGUCCAUCCUUCCUGGUUGUGCGACGGAGCCGAUGACUGCGGAGAUUACGCCGAUGAAAUAAACUGCCACGUGUCUGCGAUACAUACGUGUGAAGACGGCCACUUCGCAUGUCCCAGCGGAAACUGCAUUUCCAGGGUUUGGUUGUGCGACGGACAGAAGGAUUGUGAGGACGGAGCUGACGAAUUUCAGUGCGAUUCAUCGUGCCUUUGGAACCAGUUCGCCUGCUCGAAAAACAAGUGCAUCGCCAAACAAUGGGUCUGCGACGGGGAGGACGACUGCGGUGAUGGAUUGGACGAGAGCGAGGAAGUUUGCGGUUUGGUAACAUGUGCUCCUGGUCUCUUCAGUUGUCCAGGCUCAUACGCUUGUGUACCCAGGAAUUGGUUGUGUGAUGGGGAGAGAGAUUGUCCCAAUGGCAGUGAUGAACUCGCAGUAGCCGGCUGUGCUCCGAACAACGCAUGCACAGAAAACACGUUUCAGUGUCGGAACCAGAAUUGUAUCCUGCGGCGUUUCGUGUGCGACCACGACGACGACUGCGGCGACGGUUCGGACGAGUCUCUUGAAUGCGAGUACCGUUUAUGCAAAGAGGAGGAGUUCCGCUGCGCAGAUGGGCGGUGUUUACUCAGCGCCCAAUGGGAAUGCGACGGCUUCCCCGACUGUCUCGACCAAUCAGACGAGCUGCCACUGAACCCUAAAUGUUCUGCUGCAGAAAGUUUGUGCAACGGUUCGGUUUUCAUGUGUGCAAACGGUCGCUGCGUUCCGCUGGGGAGCGUCUGUAAUCGCCAUGACGACUGCGGGGAUCGCUCGGACGAAAGGAACUGCAACGUUAACGAAUGUUUAAACCGUAAAGUCAGCGGCUGCUCGCAGGACUGCCAAGAUCUACCUGUGGGAUACAAGUGCACGUGCUGGCCGGGGUUUCGUCUCAAAAACGACGGCAGGACUUGCAUCGACGUCGACGAAUGUUCCGAGAGUUAUCCGUGCAGCCAUCAGUGCAUCAACACCUACGGAUCGUUUCGCUGCCUCUGCGCCGACGGCUACCAGUGGACCGCCAGUAACCCACAGAGCUGCAGGUCUCUCUCAGCGGAAGAGCCUUUUCUCGUUCUUGCUGACCAUCACGAGAUCAGAAAGAUCAGUCUGGACGGGUCCAACUACACCCUUCUGAAACAGGGGCUCAGUAAUGUCAUCUCUCUAGACUUUGACUCCAGGAAGGAGUUGAUCUAUUGGAUUGACACCAGCAGGCCCAGCGGACGCAGAAUAAACCGCAUGCGUCUCAAUGGAAGUGACCUUAAGGUGGUUCACAGGACGUCGGUCCCAAGCGCUCUCGCUGUCGACUGGAUCGGGAAGAACUUGUACUGGUGUGACGGAGAGAAAAAAACCCUGGAGGUGGCGAAAGCUAAUGGGCUCUACCCGACUGUACUGCUCAAGUCCGGACUCAAAAAUCCAACCGCUUUAGCUCUGGACACACAAACAGGAUACGUGUUCUGGAUCGACUGCUGUGAGCAGCCUAACAUCGGGAGAAUAGGGAUGGACGGUAGCAAGCCGCGCGUCAUCAUAGAUAGAGAAAUACACGCCCCGUCGGCUCUCACCGUUGACCACAUCAACAAGAGAAUCUACUGGUCGGAUGAGAACCAUAUCUUAUUUUCAGAUAUGGAUGGUACAAAAAGGCACAAAGUCCCGAUCAAGGACAUUGGUGGAGUGACUGCCCUCACAUUAUUUGAGGAUUUAAUCUACUGGAGCGACCAAAAGUCCAAAACCCUCAGCCGCUCUCACAAGACGUCUGGAGGCCGACGUACCGAGCUCCUCAACUCCUGGCAAACCAUCCGAGACAUUAAAGUCUACCAUCCUCUCAGACAACCUGACGUGCCGAAGCAUCACUGUCAGGUGACUAAUGGAGGGUGCAGUCACCUAUGCCUUCUAUCCCCUGGUGGGGGUUACAAGUGCGCCUGUCCUACACACUUCUACUUGGCCAACGACAACAAGACAUGCCUGUCCAACUGCACAGCCAGCCAGUUUCGUUGUGGUACGGAUGAAUGUAUUCCAUUCUGGUGGAAAUGCGACACUGUGGACGACUGUGGCGAUGGAUCUGAUGAGCCAGCAGAUUGUCCCGAGUUUAAAUGUCAGCCCGGAAGGUUUCAGUGUGGAACGGGUUUGUGCGCUCUACCUCCUUUCAUCUGUGACGGAGAAAACGAUUGCGGCGACAACUCAGACGAAGCCAACUGUGAUUCGUAUAUCUGCCUGUCUGGUCAGUUUAAAUGCACACACAGGCAAAAGUGCAUUCCCAUAAACCUGCGAUGUAAUGGACAGGACGACUGCGGUGAUGGCGAAGACGAAACGGAUUGUCCUGAGAAUACCUGCUCGCCGUCCCAGUUUCAGUGCAAGAGCACAAUGCACUGCAUCUCCAAACUGUGGGUGUGCGACGAAGACCCCGACUGCGCUGACGGCUCGGACGAAGCCAACUGCGAUGAGAAGACCUGUGGGCCGCAUGAAUUUCGAUGCAAGGACAACAACUGCAUACCGGACCACUGGAGAUGUGACGGGCAGAGCGACUGCAGCGACAAUUCUGAUGAGGAAAACUGCAAGCCCAUCACGUGCAACUCGAAAAACUUUGUGUGCGCAAACGGAGAGUGCAUUUCAUCCCGCUUUCGCUGUGAUGGAGAUUUCGACUGCACUGAUAACUCGGAUGAGAGAGGAUGCGAGAGCCACUGCUCGGAGGAUCAGUUUCAAUGCAUGAAUCAUUUGUGCAUCUCCGUCAAAUGGCUUUGCGACGGACAGGAAGACUGCAAGACCGGAGAAGAUGAGGCCAACUGCAGCCCCGCCAACACCGCCAUGACAGCUCGGCCGACGUCCUGUGGUCUGAAUGAGUACGUCUGCGUCGGAGGGGGGUGCGUGUCGGCCAGCCAGCGCUGUGACGGCCAGAACGACUGCUCUGACGGAUCCGAUGAGGUUGACUGUAUCCAGGAGUGUAAGGAAGACGAAUUUCUGUGUCGUAAUCGGGCACACUGCAUUCCGGCCCGCUGGAGGUGUGACAGAGUCUUUGACUGCUUGGACCAAAGCGACGAGGACAACUGUGAACAAGGUUCGCUGACGUGCCGUGCAGACGAGUUCAUGUGCAACAACACGCUGUGUAAGCUGCUGGUCUGGUUGUGUGACGGCGAGGAUGACUGUGGAGACAAUUCAGAUGAAGAUGCUGACAUGUGUGGAAAGUCGGCGUGUCCCCCGAACAGACCUUUCCGCUGCAGGAAUGACAAGGUGUGUUUGCGGACCGAACAAAUCUGCAAUGCAGCGAACGAUUGUGGCGACAAUUCGGAUGAAGACGAAUGCGUGGAGGUGGUCAGAAGGUCGAGACCUUGUGGAAAGUCCGAGUUCUCUUGUUCCAACCAGCGAUGUGUCGCGGCCGAGCUGCAGUGCGAUCUGUUUGACGAUUGCGAAGAUGGGGGCUCGGACGAGCGCGAAUGCAAAUCUCAUUCCGCAGAAGGCGUUUGCCGAGAGCGACCGGACUUGUGCGGAGAUGACGCGUUUUGCAACCAUACAAAAACGCCUUCAGUCUGUCAAUGCAAAGAAGGUUUUCAGAGGAACCAGAAGACCAGGCAAUGUGAAGAAGUCGAUGAGUGUUUGCUGUUUGGCACUUGUUCGCAGUACUGCACCAACACCAAAGGGUCGUACAAGUGCACCUGUGACCGAAACUUUAAAGACAUAAACAGAGAAUGCAUCACAAAAGGACCGGAGGAUCAGGUCCUCUAUGUGGCCAACGACACGGAAAUCCGGAGUUUCGUAUAUCCGUACAACCAAACUCACGGACACACGCCACUCGCCCGUAUCUCAGACAGCGCUCGCAUCAUCGGAAUGGACGCUCUGUUUCAUCAUCACAAGUUUGUGUGGGCCACACAGUUUAACCCCGGAGGAAUGUUUUACAGAGACCUGCAAGACAGAAGUCCAAUCUCGUCCAACAGUGGAGUCAUAUGUCCAGACUUCAGGAGACCGAGGGAUAUUUCUGCAGACUGGGUAACUGGGAAUAUUUAUUGGACCGAUCACUCCAGAAUGCACUGGUUCAGCUACUACACGGCACACUGGAGACGACUACGAUAUUCCAUCAAUGUUGGACAACUGGGUGGCCCAAACUGCACCAGACUCAUCACGGACAUCGAUGGGGAACCCUUCGCUAUCACCGUUAAUCCCGUACGAGGAAUGGUGUAUUGGACGGUUAUUGGCGACCAGUCUCACAUCGAAGAGUCUGCCAUGGACGGGUCUUUGCGUCGCAUCUUGCUGGAAAGGAACUUGCGAAGGCCCACGGGACUUGCGAUCGAUUAUUAUAACCAGCGGCUGUACUGGGCAGAUUCAGAGCUCUCUCAGAUCGGCAGCGUGCGUUUCGAUGGCUCUGAUUCGCUGGUGGCUGUUAGUAGUCGAGAUGGAAUUUCUCAACCCUUCCGAAUCGACGUGUUUGAGGACUACAUCUACGGAGUCGGGAUGAAACAUGACGUCUUCAGAGUUCACAAAUACGGGAUGCUUCCCGCCGAGAGGCUCAUGCUGGGUGUGGAGAGAGCGUCCAGCAUCCUGGUCUUCCAUCGGUACAAACAACAAGAGGUCUCGAACCUCUGUGCCAAGCUGAAUUGUCCGUUCCUUUGCCUUCUGAACCCCAGCGGUGCCAGUUGCGUAUGUCCUGAGGGAAAAACUUUGGUGAACAGGACCUGCGCAGACAGCAACAUCUCAGGCGACCUUUGCCGUCCAGCCUGCGAGAACGGCGGGCGAUGUUUGACGAACGAGCGCGGUGAGUCGCGCUGUUUCUGCUGGCCGAAUUAUUCCGGGGAGCGCUGUGAGAUCAGCCACUGUAAGGACUACUGUCAGAACGGAGGCACAUGCACGGGUUCGCCACUAGGUAAGCCCACGUGUCGUUGCGCUUUGGGUUUCACUGGCCCGCUGUGUGAGCGACGCGUAUGCGACGAUUACUGUCUCAACGGAGGGACGUGCGACAUGACCCUGGGCAACCAACCCACGUGCCACUGUCUGGCGGAGUACACCAGAGACCGCUGCCAGCACCAUAUUUGUCAUCAUUACUGUGUGAACUCUAAGGCCUGCACAUUGUCCAGCUCCGGGCACGUGGAGUGUGUUUGUCCCACCCGCUACGAGGGGCCGAAGUGCGAGAUGGACCGAUGUCUUCGCUGCCGAGGUGCCCCGUGUAUAGCCGACGAGGAGACCGGUGAUGUUGCCUGCAACUGUACUAACGGCAGAAUCGCAGCCAGCUGUCAGUUGUGCGACGGAUACUGUUAUAAUGACGGUACCUGCCACCUCGACCCGGAGACGGGCCUGCCUUUCUGUCAUUGCCCGUCCGAGUUUAAAAGCCCGAGGUGCGACGAGAGAGCGAACCCUUGCGAUCACUACUGUCAGAACCAGGGCGUUUGUUCCCUCAUCGCCUAUAACAAACCCCGUUGCAAGUGCUCAGCAAACUGGUCUGGUACACAGUGCGAGAGACCGGCCACCAAAACCAGUCGCUCAGAAAACUUCAAUGGAAGAAGUAUCGCCAUCGUAGUGCCCCUGGUUCUUCUGGUAUUCAUCAUCACCGCUGUUACGCUGGGGCUCCUUAUUUGCAAAAGACGUCAACGAGGCAAACGGGUGCAGAGGCAACCCAUGGCGAACGGCGGCCUGAACGUGGAGAUCGGGAACCCGUCGUAUAACAUGUACGAAGUCGACCACGACAAUCACGUAGACGUGGGAAGCUUUCUUCACCCCAGCUUUACCCUCGACCCUCAUAAGGGCUGGUGUGUGAGAUCCAGCGAUCCUCGCAAUUUACCCGCACACCCUUUGUCUGCACAAACUCUACCUAUCCAGAACGUUCCAAAGGAGCUCAUUCCAGGACAGGCAAUGAACUAUUCAAACCCAAUAUACACAAAGAUGUACCAUGACGGACAGCACUGUCGAAAGCCGGUCAUCAACCUCGACACAAGACGUGACGUUCUCCCAAAGAGACUGGAAACGACGAUUCGAGAAACGGCGGCGUAACCCAGCUUUUCCAAGACUUGCUUCUUUUUUAUACAAACUGUAUAAAAUAUCUAAAAACACAAAGAUGAACUUUUUCCGUCAGGUUAACUCAUCCGUUUUGGGUCUUGUCUCACUUUUCUGUUCCAUUAUUAGUAUCGUCAAAACGACGUAUUUUUACGUACGUUGUUUUGUUCGGUCGCUCCCUGUGCAGUGUGGGCUGCUGAAACGUCUUUUUAUUUUAAACAUUUUUGGUUGCUUUGUGACUUUGUAAAUGCACUACACCGAAACAAAAAAUGAAACGGACUUUCACAGCUGCUCAAUCUCGAAAGGCUUUAUAUACAUUUAAAGACAUGUAAAGAGAAUUUUAUAUAGGUUUAUUUACGUACACGGUAUGUAUAUGUUUUCCUGUUGGUGGUACGAUCGCCAAUGCCUAGAUAUUCCCAAGUUGCCUCUUAAUAUUUAACAGUACGAGAAGAUACAGACACAUAUUUAAACGCAUCGUAUGCUCACGUCACAGAUUUUAUUUUUAUAUUUCUCAUCGAUUCCGUGUUUCUCAUAUUGUUAUGUUUACGUAGAUCAAUGUUAUUUUUCGGAUGCUUUAAAUAUGCAGUCGAAAGCGAAACCAACUCAAAGUUGUUGCAGAUAAAUACCUUUUAGCACUACAGGGGCUAUAAAAUAAAGACUUUCACUUCGUGUUAUGACAUGAUGUUGGGGCAACACACACACAAUCUCUGUGCAAAUGUACAAACUAGAGCGGAGAAAGUUUUAUAAUUUUAUAGUUGAUUUGUACGUCCGGUUUGCUUGUAUUUUCUGGAAAUGUAUUAAAUGUUCAAAGUUUUAUACGGAAAAAGUGUAUACAGUAUAUUUGGUCCGUCUUCACUUUGGGUGGAAACUGAAGUGUUGUUGUUUUCUAAAUGAUGAAUCCUGUAAUAAUUCAUAAGCGUUAUAUUGCACUGAGCAAUCACACGGUUGCUGCUGUUUUAAGGGAGUGUAGGAAACGUAUCGUUGAAAUACUCAAACACAGAUAUACCUAAUGUGAUUUUGGACCAAGGACUAUGAAAUAAAAUGGAUUUUCU